AUGCACUAUCGGGCCGGCGAUGCUAACCCUGCGGCUGCAGGUCCCUCCUUGUAACAAGCGAGUGUGUGUUCUUCGGAGGUGGCCCAGGGGAGGAGGGGGCCCGGCCGAGAGGUAGGGGGAGGGGAAGCACGCCUCCUGGUGCAGUACAGUGAGCUUGCGUGUCCCGGAGCCAGCUCCCCCAAAGCACAUGCCAUUUCUGGCCCCUGAAGGGGUUAAAGGCCUCCUGGAGUCAAAAACAAGCAGGUGUCCCACCGUGCCAGAUACGCCGCCUAAACUGCUUCCAGCUUUUUUUUCCUCUUCUGCAACAAGUCUGUGAUCAGCCCCAGGACAGAGGAGCCGGCAGCCUGCCUGUGACAGGCGUCAGGUUAGCUUGCUCCCAGUCGGGUGGCGCGCCCAGGACGUAAAUCCAGGCUCUGGCCCCCGUGCAGCUUCUCUCCCUGCACACUCCGGAGAGGGAGCCCCCUUCAUCUGAGGCUGCACAGCCCGGCGGGCUCCACAGACCUGGUGGAGGCAGCCUCGGCAGCCACAGCCCUAGCAGCGGCGAGGAGGCCCGCUGGGGUGGGCAGGGCAGGUGUCGGCAGCCCCCCGAACAGCACAAGGCCCUGGGGGCCCCAGCCCUGGCGCCGUCUCAGGGGAGGUCUCUGGGCGCCGCAGACCCCACCAUGCGGGCCCCGGGGUGCUGCUGUUCCCGGUCCUGCUGGGGACAGAUGGCAGCGCUGCUGCUGCUGCUGCUGGGGGCGCCCCCGCGAGGCCUGGCACUGCCGCCCAUCCGAUACUCUCACGCUGGUAUCUGCCCCAACGACAUGAACCCCAACCUCUGGGUGGAUGCCCAGAGCACCUGCAAGCGGGAGUGUGAGACGGACCAGGAGUGUGAGACCUAUGAGAAGUGCUGCCCCAACGUGUGUGGGACCAAGAGCUGUGUGGCGGCCCGCUACAUGGACGUGAAGGGGAAGAAGGGCCCCGUGGGCAUGCCCAAGGAGGCCACAUGCGACCAUUUCAUGUGUCUGCAGCAGGGCUCCGAAUGUGACAUCUGGGACGGCCAGCCCGUGUGCAAGUGCAGAGACCGCUGUGAGAAGGAGCCCAGUUUCACCUGUGCCUCCGACGGCCUCACCUACUAUAACCGCUGCUACAUGGACGCCGAGGCCUGCUCCAAGGGCAUCACACUGGCUGUCGUCACCUGCCGCUAUCACUUCACCUGGCCCAACACCAGCCCCCCACCACCCGAAACCACCGUGCACCCCACCACGGCCCCCCCAGAGACCCCUGGGCUGGACACAGCGGCCCCAGCUCUGCUCAACUACCCCGCGCACCAGUCCGUCACAGUGGGUGAGACAGUGAGCUUCCUUUGUGAUGUGGUGGGCCGGCCCCGGCCCGAGAUCACCUGGGAGAAGCAGCUGGAGGAUCGGGAGAACGUGGUCAUGAGGCCCAACCAUGUGCGCGGCAACGUGGUGGUCACCAACAUCGCCCAGCUGGUCAUCUACAGCGCCCAGCCCCAGGACGCCGGCAUCUACACCUGCACGGCCCGCAACGCCGCUGGCGUCCUGCGUGCUGACUUCCCGCUGUCGGUGGUCCGGGGAGGUCGGCCUUCGGCCACCGAGGAGAGCAGCCCGAACGGCACAGCCUUCCCCGCAGCCGAGUGCCUGAAGCCCCCUGACAGUGAGGACUGCGGCGAGGAGCAGACCCGCUGGUACUUCGACGCCCAGGCCAACAGCUGCCUGACCUUCACCUUCGGCCACUGCCACCGCAACCGCAACCACUUUGAGACCUACGAGGCCUGCAUGCUGGCCUGCGUGAGCGGGCCGCUGGCCGUGUGCAGCCUGCCCCCCCUGCAGGGGCCCUGCAAGGCCUACGAGCCCCGCUGGGCCUACAACAGCCAGACGGGCCAGUGCCAGUCCUUUGUCUACGGCGGCUGCGAGGGCAACGGCAACAACUUUGAGAGCCGCGAGGCCUGCGAGGAGUCCUGCCCCUUCCCUCGGGGGAACCAGCGCUGCCGGGCCUGCAAGCCAAGGCAGAAGCUCGUCACCAGCUUCUGUCGGAGCGACUUUGUCAUCUUGGGCCGAAUCUCUGAGCUGACAGAGGAGCCCGACUCAGGUCGCGCCCUGGUGACUGUGGACGAGGUCCUAAAGGAUGAGAAGAUGGGCCUCAAGUUCCUGGCCCGGGAGCCGCUGGAGGUCACUCUGCUCCACGUGGACUGGACCUGCCCCUGCCCCAACGUGACGGUGGGCGAGACGCCGCUCAUCAUCAUGGGUGAGGUGGACGGCGGCAUGGCCAUGCUGCGGCCCGACAGCUUCGUGGGGGCCUCGAGCACCCGGCGGGUUCGGAAGCUGCGCGAGGUCAUGCACAAGAAAACCUGUGACGUCCUCAAGGAGUUCCCAGGCUUGCAGUGAGGACCUCCGCCCCUCCCCAGUCCUGUCCCUGACCUUCCUCCAUUGACCCAUCCCCAGCACCCCUCAGUCAGCAAACUGGGCAAGGUCAGAUUAGAUGGUCUUAGGCCAGCAGGGGAAUGUCAAUCAACGCAUC